UCUCGCAUGAUCAGCGGGAAGGCGAGAUGUGGCGAUACGGCAGUAGUCGCUUCCUCAACAUAGCUUCGCGCGUGCCAUGAGUUUAUUUUCGGCUUUUUAACCUUCGAUCGGGGCGAAGAUACGGAUUUGUCGCGAGUGUGCGAAAAAUCGCUCAUUCACGACGUUCUUGCCGGGCGCGGCGAUCAUCGUCAGUUUUACUAGCGUAACGUCGCAGAUUCCGCGGAUCAUUGAUACGCCGCUGACGUGUCGCUCUCUCCGCGCGAUAUUCGUAUAUAAAUAUUUUUUUUUUUUUCAAUGAACUCGUCGCUCCGCCGUUCGCCGAUCUAAUCUAAUCUGUCGUCGGACGAAUACGGCUGCCAUACGCUACGGUGAAGUUGUACAGUUUUUAUAAAGGAACGUUGUUGCUACAGGCUGUUGCGUGGUCGCGUUUUCCGGCAAAAUUUCUUCUCGGGGUCGUUACCCAGCCGAACGUGAAAGAGCACGAUGUUGGCUCUAUUUUUAAUACUACUAUGUUCUCCAUUCAUUACCGAUGCUGUCAACAGAGACAAUUUCAAAAGAUGCGAUCAAAGCAGUUUCUGUCGACGAUGCAGAGGAAUGGAACCUGGAAAAACACCAUAUCGGCUUUUGCCAGAUACAUAUGUACAGAAUGAAUCUGUGAUCGUUAUAGACUUAUUUAAUAAAGAUACAGGUGUUACCUAUGUGGUACAACUCACCACAUUGAAGGAAAGUACAUUUCGGUUACACAUCAAGGAGAAAAAUCCACUGCGUCCUGGAUAUGAAAAUCAAUAUGCUCUUCACGAUCAGCCACAAAUUGUGGAAGUAGAUUUUGUGGAAAACACUGCUGACAGCAUAACUGUAACCAAAGGCGAUAACAAAGCUGUCUUAUAUAUUAAUCCAUUUAAAGUAGAGUUAUAUUCUCAAGGUGUUUUAACAAUAGUAGGAAAUGCUCGUGGUCUUAUGAGAUUUGAACAUGUACGCGUCAAAUCAGAAAAACAACCAGAACAAGAUGAAAAUGCCGAAGCAGUAAAAACAAAUACAACAUAUCCUGGCGAUAGUGCUGAAAAUGAUCCUGGUGCCUGGGAAGAAAAUUUUAAGGAGCAUCAUGAUGCGAAACCAUAUGGACCUGAAGCUGUUGCCAUGGAUUUCAGUUUUCCUGGAUCGGAGCAUGCAUAUGGUAUUCCAGAACACGCCGAUUCAUUUGCAUUGCAGUCAACGAAAUCUACUGAUCCAUAUAGAUUGUAUAAUUUAGAUGUGUUUGAAUAUGAAACAAAUGAACGUAUGGCUUUGUAUGGUGCCAUUCCAGUUCUUUAUGCUCAUGGAAAGGAAAAGUCAUCUGCUGUUUUCUGGCAUAAUACAGCAGAAACAUGGGUUGAUAUUCUAUUGAGUGCAGACAAUAAUGUUGUAGAAAGUAUUGUUAAUCUUGUAUCUGGAUCGACUAAAAAAUCUCAAGUAGAUGCUCAUUUUAUGUCAGAAUCUGGAGUGAUUGAUAUAUUCUUUAUGAUGGGUCCAAAACCACUUGACGUUUUUAAACAAUACACUGUUUUAACUGGCACAGCUCCUUUGCCGCAGAUGUUUGCUUUCGGAUAUCAUCAAUCUCGUUGGAAUUAUAAUGAUCAGGAUGAUGUUGCAACAAUUGCCGAAGGUUUUGAUACACAUGAUAUACCAUUGGAAGUUAUGUGGCUUGACAUCGAAUAUACCGAUAGCAAGAAAUAUUUUACUUGGGAUUCACGUAAAUUCCCAAAUCCUCUCGAAAUGAUACAUAAUCUUACUGCUAAAGGCAGAAAAUUGGUGGUUAUCAUAGAUCCUCAUAUUAAACGCGACAAUAGUUAUUUCUUACAUAAUGAUGCUACCAGCUUGGGCUAUUAUAUCAAAACCAGAGAUGGAAAAGAUUACGAGGGUUGGUGCUGGCCCGGAUCCUCAUCCUAUUUAGACUUUUUCGAUCCAAAAGUUAUCGAAUAUUAUACUGGAUUAUACAGUUUAGAUAAAUUCCACGGUACAACUAACGAUGUAUACAUUUGGAAUGAUAUGAAUGAACCAAGUGUGUUUAAUGGACCUGAAAUAACGGCACCAAAAGAUCUCAUCCAUUACGGAGGUUGGGAACAUAGAGACGUUCAUAAUAUUAAUGGACACAUGUAUAUUCGUUCGACGUAUGAAGCUUUAUUCCGUCGGUCAGGUGGUUCUUUAAGACCUUUUGUUCUAACAAGAUCUUUCUUCGCUGGAUCACAACGUUAUGCUGCAAUGUGGACCGGUGAUAAUACAGCUGACUGGAAUCAUCUCCGUAUAAGUUAUCCCAUGUGUCUCUCAGUAGCUAUAUCUGGAAUGUCAUUCUGCGGUGCCGAUGUUGGAGGUUUCUUCAAAAAUCCAGAUUCUGAGUUGUUUAUUAGGUGGUAUCAAGCUGCAACAUGGUUGCCUUUCUUCCGACAACAUUCUCAUAUUGAGACAAAGAGACGUGAGCCAUGGACAUUUAAUGAGGAAACCACCCAAAUAGUUCGUGAAACUCUUAGAUUGCGAUAUUCUUAUUUGCCAUUGUGGUAUACACUUUUUAGAGAACAUGAAGUAAACGGUCUUCCCGUUAUACGACCUUUAUGGGCGCAUUAUCCAACCGAAUCAGGAACAUUUACUAUCGACGAUCAGUUGCUACUCGGCGAUUCGAUACUCGUACGUCCAGUAUUCCAAUCUAGUGCAACUGAAGUAGCAGUUUACUUCCCAGGAGAAGGUAAAAUAACUUGGUACGAUAUUGAUACGAUGCAAGCCUAUCAAAACUCAGGAUACGUCAAAAUACCAGUAACAAUUCACAAGAUUCCCGUAUUCCAAAAAAGUGGUACUAUCGUACCACGAAAAAUGAGAAUACGACGUAGUACAGUAGCCAUGAGAAAUGAUCCUUACACACUGAUAAUAAUUGCUGAUAGCGAUGGCAAAGCUAGUGGCACCCUAUACAUUGAUGAUGAAGUCAGCUUCGAAUAUCGUCAUGGAAAAUAUUUGUAUCUAAGAAUAACUUUGGACGGCAAUAAGAUUAUUUCAACUCUGAAAGAUAAAUUAGCUUCGUAUGAAACACAAAGCUGGUUAGAAAGAAUAGACAUAACUAAUCCUCCACAGGGAAUUAAAUCUGCCCAAUUGGAAUCUCACAGCAUGGGAAAAGUAACUUUGGAGACUACAUAUAAUCCACAUAAUAAUGUAUUAACGAUACGUAAACCAGCUGUAAAUAUGGGCGAGGAAUGGACCAUUGAAUUAUUACAUUAGGAUUAUGAUAUUUUAUUCAUAAUCGACUCAGUAUCCAUACAUUAAUGCCAAUUUUCUAUCACUGUUCAGUUAUCUGUGAUUUGGAUGAUUGUUUUUUAGAACAAAUAUGAAUACAAUUUAGCUAUUGUGUGAAAGUAAAGUAAUUACUGAUUGCUUUUAAUUAUAUAAUAGCUGCUAAUUGAUUGAUCAAGUCAAUUAAGCAAAUAUAUCUGGAAAAUUAUAAAUAUGAUCCUCUGUAUAAUUUACACAGUAAUAAUUGUAUAAUUUACACAGUAAUAAUUAUAUAAUUUUCUUUAUUCUAUGAUUUAAUAAAAAAAAUGAGAAAUAUAAAGAUUAUAGCAUUUAAGACUAUUAUAGCACAUUACAACAAAAAUAUGUAUCAAAAGUAUUUAAUUUUAUUAUUCUUGGGCAUCCCCGAGAAUAAUUUUAAUAACUUAUCUAUCGAAAUAUCGAAUGUAGGUUUUAAAUAAACUGCUUCAUAAGUCU